GUGGCUACGUUGUGUCGAAAUGCUGGGUGUCGAAAUGCUGAUAAAAGUUACAAGCACAGGCUUGGAGUCAUGGAUCUGUGUGUGACCAUCAAAGGAGUGUCCUUCAUCUUGCAAACCGGUUUGGGGAUCCUGGGGAACGUGGUGGUUAUUCUCGCCUACGCCCACAUCCUCUUCUCAGACCGCCGUCUCCAGCCGGUGGACAUCAUCCUCUGCCACCUGGCCUUCGUCAACCUCUUGCUGCUCCUCACCCGCUGCGUGCCUCUGACCAUGACUGUCUUCGGCCUGAAGGAUUUGCUCAACGACCCUGGCUGCAAGGUGGUCAUCUAUGCCUAUCGCGUAUCCCGCUCCCUCUCCGUCUGCAUCACCUGCAUGCUGAGCGUGUUCCAGGCGGUGACCCUCUCCCCUGCUGCGGGCCCCCGCUGGUCCAGCCUGAAGGCCCGGCUGCCCUCCCUUCUCCUGCCCACCUUUGUAGGUCUCUGGUGCCUCAACAUGGCUGUAUGCAUCGCGGCUCCGAUGUUCACCACCGCGCCACGCAACGGCACCGUCCCGGCCUUCACCCUCAACCUUGGCUACUGCCACGUGGACUUCCGGGACAGCCUGUCGUACGUGAUUAACGGCGCCAGCCUCACGGUGCGCGACUUUGCCUUUGUGGGGCUGAUGUUGUGGUCCAGCAGCUAUAUCCUCCUGGUGCUCCACCGGCACAGCCGCAAGGUGCGAAACAUCCGGAAGGCCCAGGGAGGAGGAAUGGAGUCCAGGGCGGCGAAGACGGUUAUCACCCUAGUGGUCCUGUACACUGUGUUCUUCGGCAUAGACAAUGUGAUCUGGAUCUACAUGCUGACCGUGGCCAAGGUGUAUCCGGAUGUGGCGGACAUGAAGAUAUUCUUCUCCUCCAGCUAUGCCUUCCUUAGUCCUUACUUCAUUAUCUCCUCCAACAAGAAGGUGAAAAGUAGGAUCAUGUGCGCUGCAUCGGACCAAGAGCAACAGUCAGUGGACACUCAAGAAUCUAAUGACAAGGUUUAAAGUGUCUAACAGGUCGUUGUCAUUUGGGUAUUAAGCUGUUCAUGUCUUCUUGUCAGGGGCGGUGCCAGAUCAUUUUUAAUGCAGGUACUGAGGGUGUGCUAGAUCAUUAACAAGGGGAGCUGCGCAAUCAUUUAUAUAUAUAUAUAUUAUACAGUGAUGUGCGGUGAUGACAGUAAGAGGCUAGGCACUGAGUUAUGAAAGACAGAUUACCUAAUUUAUUGUUAGGCUUAUAUGUCAAAACAGUAAACGCUGGAAACAGUAAAAGCAGUAGCCUACAGCCGCUGACUGUUAGCACAGCCACAUAGCCAAUAUUUUCUUCCAUACCAGUCUGUUUGAAACGAUCGGACAAUUUGUUGUCCCUUCUGCUGCAUCAGUCCAUCCAAGUCUGGCGUAGACCUCCUUCUUGCUAUUAACUCAUUUUUUUAAUUAAAAUCGAGCUUGGAGAAAUUCCACAACUCUGUGAUAUCGGCAGACACUGCUGCUGUCAUUUUGACUUGAAUUUCGCGGGGAUUACGCUUACAAUGCUGGUGUAAUGACGUUAGCUGCGCAAAUGCCCAGUAAUAUCUCGAUUUUGAUUUGUCAAUGUUUGAUACCUAACAUAGAUGAUUACUGGCAUACCAUAUUUAUGUGUAAACGCACAGCAGUUGUGCUUUUCGCUUGUCGUCCGCAAUGAAUGGACAGUAAAAGCACUGCUUAUUCUACCAUUUUUUGUAUUUGAUUAUGCGUAACUGCUACAUUUGUCAUCGUAACGUCUAAACAAUUUAAAUAACACACAUAUUGCAUAUAUAAAUCACAAGAAUAAACAGUAAAAAUACAAAUACAAUAUGACUAUGAAUAAAAUGAUUUAA